ACACUUUUUUUUGAGGAGGACUUCUUCAAAGUGUUCGCUUUUGACCUGCUUCGCAGCUCUACAUGGGUGCUUUGUCGUUCCGUUUUCUGUGCUGGUCCUGUACGUCACCGUCCCGACGUUGUCUUGCGGGCCCGCGUCGCCAAUACGACGUUCGCUGGUUUCUGGCAGGUGAACCCUAGUUUCUUCUCUGAACUACAGAUCUCUCCACUUUCUUUGGAUCAGAACGGACACUUCUCCCUUCAAGCUCGCUUCCUUUCCUACUGACUUUCCCGAGGAAAGAGGGCAACUCCGGCGUCAGAGUAUUUGACUCACGAGCGGCAGCCAAUUCCCCACUGCUGCCACUUCCUUGUCGCGGUGACUUCCACGAACGCCGUAUCCCACGCAUAUACAUAUCUGCAUAGGCAUGUCUAUGACCGUGUAGAUUUGCAAUUGUGUCAGCCUUUUCUGAGCGACUUGCGGUCCCAACAAGACACUUUGUGGGCACUCUCAAUAUGGGGAAUACCUGCAAGAGCUGCUGCGGAGAAUCCGCAGACACCAACUUAGAGAUCGAGGCGCCGGAAAAUGGUUCCAAGACUUCCUCGUCACACGAAGAGCUGCCUAAACACUACGGUCCGGACUUCCUUGAGAGGCUUCAAAAGGGCUUAACCAUCGGCCUCAUCCUACAGGACAAGUCGCGUCUCGACUGCAAGGUGAGGCUGACUCAAGGCAACUCGGCAAUCGAGUUAUCUUGCGAGCGGAAGUCUCGAGUCGUUAACCUGUCGGGAAUUCGAAACAUCCUUUACACGGCGGAGCAACUCAAACGAGUAGACUGCUCGGCCGGGAUCUCGAAGGACGACUACUGCGUCGCCCUCCAUUUGACCUCUUCGGGGAACUGCAUUCCUCUUUUUUUCUCGAAUCCAGAGGACCGGGACUGCUUUGUUCUCGUCUUGCAGGAGCUGCGCAGCGCCUCCCCAGCUGUAGGCGCCUCUGCUUGAGAGGCCUGGUGUCAGGAGUGAGGGCGGCGGCGACUCCAGAGAGCGCCACCGAGCUUGCGAAGUGUUUCGUCGUUUCGCGAACUGCUGCACUUGGGAGUAAAAACAUGUGCGGCUUAUCCCAGGCACGCUGUCCUCUU